AUGAAUCAAAUGAGGAGAAUCAGAUCAAAGACUUACAGGCUGUUAGUCAGCAAUGAUGCUGUUUCUAUAUUUGCCAGAAGUUACAGCAGAAAGACCAACAGGAAAAUGACCCUAGAUCCAAGGAAAAAUGUUCAGUACCCGUAUGUUCAAGGGGAUCCCCUGCAGGAGGAGAUCAUUAAAAGUUCAGCCAAAGAAAAUGCUUUGACCAAGUUAAAAAACAGAGAUAAAGAGAUCGAUCGUCAAAAGAAACUGCACAUUCAGAAGCAAAGUAUUUCUGAGAAAGCAUCAGGGCUGAAAUUUGAAAAGUUGAACGAGGGCGACAUUCGACUUGGCAAAAUGAUCAUGAAAGCCAAGUCCAACCACAUCAAAACUGCAAAUGAUACAAUUCUCUUGGAAGGUCACAGGCUCAUCAGGGAUUCAUUAAUGAUGGGUGUCAAGGCAAAAAGCAUCUACUUCUGUGAUCCUGAAAUCCUACGAGACCUACCAGUCAGUUUGCUGAAAGAUGUUGAGCUGUUUAAAAUUUUGUACAAAGAUAUGAAAGUCUGGUCAGAUGCCGUCACUCCUGCUGGCAUUAUGGGUGUGUUUCAGAAACCCCAGCAAGGAGAACCCUUAUGCCUGCCAGAGACCACACUUCCAAUCAGUCUGAUAUUUGACGGUAUGAAAGAUCCUGGAAAUGUUGGGACAUUAAUCCGUACAGCUGCUGCUGUUGGUUGCCAGCGAGUCAUUACUACCAGAGGUACUGUAAAUGUAUGGGACUGCAAAGUGUUGAGAUCUGCUAUGGGAGGCCACUUCUGUGUUCCCAUCUUUACUGGCAUUCAGUGGUCAGACAUGCCAAAUUUGUUGGGCAGUGAAGCUCAAGUUUUCCUUGCAAACACACGACAGUCCAGUGUGCUAGAAGAAACAUUUGUCGAGAGACUUCGGAUCGAGGAGCUUGAUGAAGGUAAAUACAACAUUUCCGACAGUGACAACGAAACUGACAGUGAUUCUGAUGAAAAAGAAAACGAGAGAGUAGACUUUGCUGAUGAAAUAAAUGCUCGACAGUUUCACAAAGUCCCGCUGCCAGUACGUGACUACUCCGACAUCAGCUUGUCGUCGGCAAGACAAAGCAGCCUGCAUGUGGCACUGGUCCUCGGUGGGGAGACAGAAGGACUCAGCGCCCAAGCCAAGCAGUUUGCCUACAGCAACUACGGAUGCUAUGUCAGCAUCCCCAUGGAGACGUCAGUGAACAGUUUGAAUACUAGCAUUGCAGGGAGCAUUAUUCUAUAUGAGCUGAGAAAAAAAUUGUUGGCAGAUGCAGCAGUAAAGCACGCUUCACACAAACAGUAG